AGUACGUGAAGACUGAAGUGAACGAUUGUGUUAAAAUUGAAAAUGUUUUAUUUAUACCAAGUUAUCGCAAAAAUAAACAAUAUGUACCUGUGAAAGAGUUUACAUUAACAUGUCAAACACUAAGGAAGUAAAUGUAUUUAUAAUGAGAGGAAAACAGUCAGUUUAAAAGAAAUGUUGAUAUUGUUCUGUUGUACUUUAAUGUCAAAAUGUAUAGAACGCUGAUAGUUUUAUUACAUUCUUGCCUGUUCUACACUGUUUCCACAACACAUAUAAAGGGAGAAUUUACGACACGGGAAUAUUUCAAGUUUUUAGUAAAAUUUGGAUUCCAAAAGACAGAUAUACAUUUUCAGAAGGAAACAUAUGGUUAUAUAUUUGGCAACUUAACGUCAAAAGAAAAUUUUAAAUAUCCUAUCACAUUUGCGGUUUUAGAUAGACCACAUUUCUUACAUUAUUACAAAAGUCGAGAUAUUGUCGAUAAAGAAGUAGCUUGUCAGGUUAUGUUCCAACACUUAAAUGCUACAGCAUAUCAUCCAAAAUGUAACAAAUUAGGGCAGGACAUAUUUAGAAGAAUACCUUGCCCCAAAGAUAAGCUGUGUGUAGAUGAAGAUACACCAUGGAAUGUUAUAAAAAAUAAUCAAUUUUCCUAUGUUAUAAAGAAUAAUGGACAGCCAAGGUUCUGGUAUGUGUCAAUAGUGGCAUGUUACUUAGAUGAGGUGACCUGCACUUGGCAUCAUUAUAAGGGGGCACCAUCCCCGGACAACACAACCUUAACAAACAUGCCACAGACUAUAGAAUAUGAUUUUUGGCUUGUUAAUGGUAGCCCUAACCUUUCUGUAUAUAAUUCAAUGAUGUAUCAAUUCUCAUUUGAUAGACAAAAUACAUUGGAGUUGUAUUUGUUAUUCUGGCUGUGUUAUAUUAUCCUUUUGCCAGUUCAAAUCUAUGCAGUAAGAACACAGAGACAUCCAGUGACCAAAUUGUUUACAUCUAGCUUAGUUCUAGAAUUUGUUGCACUCUGCUUCAAUGUGCUACACACUGUGAAGUUUGCAGCAGAUGGAGUUGGAUUUGCGGGCUUGGCUGUAGCUGGUGAUAUACUGGAUAUUAUGAGCAGAACUUUAUUUAUGUUGCUUCUUCUUCUAUUAGCAAAAGGAUGGGCGGUGACUCGAUUAGAACUGACUUACAAACCAUUGGUAUUUGGUGUAUGGAUGGUUUACGGAAUUGUUCACAUUUUACUAUAUGUUUGGAAUACGACUGAAGUGGACAUAAUAGAAGAAAUCGAUGAGUACCAAACAUGGCCGGGGUGGUUGGUGCUGACGCUGCGUGUCGCGAUCAUGACUUGGUUCGUGCUCGAACUCCGGAACACAAUGAUGUACGAACAUAACAUGCCAAAGUUAAACUUCCUCCUACAUUUUGGGGCUUCGAGUCUGGUGUGGUUCGUCUAUUUGCCAAUUAUAGCUCUCAUAGCUCUGCAGAUUAGUCCACUGUGGAAGUUUAAAUUUAUUUUAGGUAUAACAUACUCAGCUGAUUGCUUAGCGUUUUGCGUGAUGGCUCACCUUUUAUGGCCGACACGAUCCGAGCAGUACUUACUUCUAGCUCCGUCUAAUUAUACAGCAGGUAUAGAAGAAUUAGACGAGUUCAAUGAAUCCCCGCACGUCGUGCACAGCGACACGGUCGCGCUCACCGCCGUCGAGAGCAUCAACGCAGACGACGAAGAUGUUAUAUUCACGCGACCACACACAAAUGGCACAGUUUUUUCAUAGCGAUUCAAAAAAAAUAAUUAAAUCCAUAUUAAAUUAUUCAUACCAAGGUUACCUUACCUUCCUACCACUACUAGGAACCAAGGAUUCGUGAUCGGAGGAUUCGAAAUUAUCAAUUGUGUGAAUCGAUAUGCAAAUAGUGCUGUUUUGAAAGGCCAGUGAUGUAACGCUGUCUUGGAAAUAUAGCUCGGUGAGAACGUGUAAGCAUUGCCGCUCGCGUGCGUAUCGGUUUUUCAAAUGACAAAGUUCACGAAUUGCAAACAAUUUACAACAAAUGUUUACAUAUAACUCUUUCUGAUAAAAAAAAUUAUUAAAAUUGUGAUGUUUUUAAUAAGUAAUGUGAGUAAAUAUUUUAAUCAUUACGUAACAGUCAUACACGCGAUUUUGUUUUGUGCUUAAACUAAAAUAUAUUUGACUUUGAGUUUUUUUUUAUAAUGUCGCUAGAAAAAAAACAACAAUUUUUGUAUAAUCUUUCAUAAAUUAUAUAAUAUAUGAUAAAUAUUCGUCUAAAUAGGUGUCAAUUUCGUAUCCGUUUUUAUUAUUGAUGUUAUCAAGCCUUUCGACUUCAGAUACAAAUAAUUUAAUAUACAAAGUAAGUUAGGAUUACUUUAAAAAUAAAUUAAAACCCGACUACGAAAAUUCGUGCGCAAUGUUUUUACAAAGAUCUAUCUUCCUAUCUUAGUAAAAAUAUUAUUGGUUUAUUUUGUAAGUAACAUUGGAUUUAGUAUUAUAUCUCAUAGCGGAUGACAUGCUAAGAAGAAGCUACAAGGGAACAAAUAAACAUACAUUCAAUAAGUACACUGCCAUCAGUAUCGAUCAAUUUGUAACAUGAACUAAUUUUAAAAAUUAAAUUUGUGCUUACUGAAUAAUAAACAUAGAGACUGUACAAAUGCUUGAAGUAACUAUUUAAUAACUAUUGUGGCUGUUGGAGUCUGAAAUUUCGGUUUUGUUUGACCUGGUUACAUUUUUUUUAAAAAUUUAUAAAUUAAAAUUGUUUUUCGGGCUUAUGUAACGCAACGUUGUAUGAAAGUAAUGCACGCGGGUGGAGUUGCUAGAAAAAAAAAAUAGCAUUUAUCUAAAUAAGGUUACGUUUUUUAACAAAAAUAAAACAUAUUUUUUUAUUGAUAAAUAUUUUUUUCUUAUUAUUUAAACUAUUCAAAAUAUUAGUAUCACAAUAUUUCGUUUUAAAUGUAUGAAUAAAAUUAAUUUCAUAUUUAAAAAAAUUACCAUACUUUUGUGAUUGUUGAAGUUGUUUAAUUUUUUUCUACCAAAUUUUAUUCCACAAUUUUCGACAUGUUUCGUCAAUGUAUCUAUAAUAACAUUAGUAUCUUAUUGAUAAACUUAAAUUUGCUUUUAAUUAUUAGAAUAGAUGUUAUUUGUAAGAAUAAGAAUAUUUAAUUUAAUAAAAGAAUAUUUGUUUGAUUUUCUUGGUCAAGUUUCAGUUUAUUAAAAAAGUGCCAAUGUCGUUAUCAUAAUUAAAUAGUUCAAAUAGGAUAAAAUGUUCGGCAGGUUUACAUCACGUUUUAUAAUGUGUCGACAGGCUAGAAGGGGGAGUGUCUCACGCAAGACGAGCGUCACUUGGUAAUACAACCAAUUUAAUUACUAUUGUAUGUCUACAUGGAAGUAAUCCAUGUAUAUCUAUGUCUGUAAAUAAUAUUGUGUGAUGUAUCGUUUCAAAUUUACGAAAGCAUCACUGUUUUUUUUUUAUAUUUAUUAGUAUUUCAUCUCAUGCACGUCUGUGAAAAAUAAUAUUUUAUAAUAAUUAAUAAAAUCUAGAUGAAAGUAUGCGAAUGAAAAUAAUAAUUAAUUAUUAUUUUUUGAAAUGAUACAAAUAGGUACUUUAAAUUUAAUGAAUUUAUUGAAGUUUUUGUAAACCUGCCCUAAACAAUUUAAAAUGAAUUUAUUACCUUUUAAAUGUAUAUUAUUACUACGAAAUGUGUAUGUGUAUAAUGUUUGUUGUAAAUUAAUGUAAAUGUUUGUUGUAAAAGUGCUAAAAACUAAAAAAAAAUGCUUAAUAGGCCUUUAUUCUUUAGUUUUAUUAUUGAUAUUUUAGAAAAAAAAAAUAUAUCCAAAUUAAUUAUUUUCAUAAUCACAAGUUUAUUAUUCUAUACUUGUAAAUUAUAAAUAUUAUUUAGUUUUCUGUGAUUACAAAUUUAAAUAAACAACGUAAUGAAGUGCAUGAAAGAUGAUUGCGAGAUUCAAAAUAUGUUUAAGUUUUUUAACCAAUGGUUUCGUUAUAUUGUAAUAUCACAUGGUUCAAUUUUAGUCAACAAACAUUCGUUAAUAUAUAGAUAGUUUAAAUCGAAUGAAAGAUCAAAUAAAGUAUUUAAUUAAAUUAACAAAAAAUUGAAAUGUGUUUUAUUGAAUUGAUUUGAGUUGCUUCAAUUUGAUUGAAGUCUGUUGAAGUCAAUAACAAAUUGUUUUCGAUUAUCUGUUGACCAAAAUCGACUCUUGUGUUCGCGGUUAUAUUUGUAUAUCCAUGACAUUUCAUCUAUAGUUACGCGACAUAGUUCAUACGUUGUUUAUUUUCUUGCAAUACAUUAACCGUUAAGUUGAACAAACGAUGAAGGAUAUCUCUUAUAAGAGUGAAAACUUUGUUGCUAUAUAUAUUGUUACAUUUCUGGAUGGCUAGAUUUUGGCAAUUGAAAGACAAAGACUAGACUUUAUUACGUGUAUCGAGAUUAAAUGCCAUGGAUAAAUUCUUGGUUUUAUUGCCGCGUACAUAUAGGUGAUGCGUCGCAUAAAUCGCAUCUACUAUGAACUGCCUCAAAUUUGCAUAACUCGCCCCAUUAUCUGUUAAUAACCAACAGCAAGCAAUUAAAAUGCACAUUAUGUGCGCAAGUAUGCGUGAUUUGUACUCGCGAUCGUGUGCUCAAUUGGACUUGGCGAUUUUUCCACGUAACGACGUAAGAUUUAAAAAGAUCAUGUCUGUAUUUUAGUGAUGCAUGGUAAAAGUGUUCGAAGUUGAUAAGUCUAAUAAUUAUAUGAAUUAUAUUAUUAAUAAGAAUGUUAGCUAGAGUUAUUGUAACAAGUGGGCUAGUUAAUGGAAUUCUUAAAAAUGUUUAUUAGAGGUAAAGGACAAAAGUUAAACCACACCUCAUACGAUUCGAACGAGUGUUAUCUAGAAAAAGGUGUCACGUUCGAAGAUAAACAUUUUCAAAAGUUAUUAAUAAAUAAAAAUUCUCAAACAAUAUUUUCAAGAUUUGAAUGAUACCUCAAAAUUAUUAAAUGUUAAUUUAUAUAUAUUAUGUUAAUAAUAUAUAUAUAUAAUAAAUGUAAGAUUUUUUUAAAUAAGUCUCAACUCCCCAAACUAUUAGUUAUUUAACUUUUUUACUUAUCUCUAAUUAAACACAAUUUUGAAGAUGUUAACUAGCCCAAGUUUCGGAAUUGGUUAUCUAUAUUACAGUCAAUAAGAGCUCUCCAUUUUGAAUUAUAAAGCAUUAAUAUUCUUAAUAUACAACAGCUUACUUUUGUUAUGUGUUAUAAACUAAAAUAUUAUUUUUCGAUGUUUCUAAUUUUUAUAUAACAUUAAUGGUCAGUUUAAUCAUGGUUUUUGAUACUGUAUUAUAGAUAUACCACUCGCUCUAUAAUUGUUCCUCGACGCUUAUGAUUCGAAUAAAAUGAUGUGAUUUUCGAUUAAUUGUAAAUAUUUUACUAAAAAAUAGGUACAACUAGAUCUCUGAUGCUAAAAAUUAAAUUUUAUUGAUAAAAUUUGAUAAAUGUACUUAUGGGUGUGUAAAAUAGUUUUUUACGUAUAGGUACUGUUUUAUCUUUAAAAUAAUUACGAUUGAGAUUGCGGAAAUUUAUAUUUCUAGCAAUUGCAAUAGCAUUCAGUCAACAGCAGUGAUUAGUUUUUGUUGUUGUCAGUAGAUUAGUUUGAAAAAUUAACUUAUCAUCAAUUGAGGAUCGAAACGACGGUAAGGAGCGAUAGUUUUGUUCUAGUGUCGAAAUGCUUAUUACAAAUAAAGUGAUUUUAAACGUUUUAACAAAUAGCACAGUUCCGUUUUGUGAUAAGUACAAGGAUUAUAUAUGUAUAUAAAUACAAUUAUAUAGUUUUAUUAGUGGUUUAAGUGAAAAUAUAUUUUUAAUUCUACAUAUUGCCAAUUCUGUGCAUGCAAACUAUUUGUUAUAUAAGCAGUAUUGUCUAGUAAAUGAUUUAUUAUGUUGUAAAGUUCUCAUGUGCUGUUUACAUCACCGAACAAUUAAAAAUGUGCAUUAAAUAUUGAUAAUCUAUU